AUGACGCGGGCUCUACCCCCCCCAUCCACAUACUCCAGGGAACGCCUCGCUGCAGCUGCUGCCAACGCACAGCACCUCUCACAGCAGCAGCAGCAGCAACAGCAGCAGCAGCAGCAGGAGCAGCAGCAGCAACAGCAGCAGCAACAGGAGCAGCAGCAGCAGCAGCAACAGCAGCAGCAACGGAUCCCCCAGAAGCUCGGGUACACCUCAGUUGAACCCACGCGCGCAGCCCCCAGCAUGCCUGCAGCAAAGCAGCAAGCAGCAGCAGCAGCUGCUGCUGCUGCAGCUCCUGCUGCUGCAGGUAAACCAAAAGCAGCAGCAAACACUGAAUGUGAAGCAGCAGCAGCAGCAGCAACUGCUGAAGCUGAUGUGGCUGCAGCAACCCCUGUAACUGAGACAGCCCCCCCCGUUCAACCCCGCCCAGCAGCAGCAGCAGCAGCAUCACCAGCAGCAGUAGCAACAGAAACAGCUGCAGCAGCCACAGGAGCAGCAGCAGUAGCAAGAGAAGCAGCAGCAGCAGCACCAGAAGCAGCAGCAGCAGCAGCAAAAAAAACAACACGAUUUGAAGAAGAGACAGAAGAAAGAGAGUCAAAUGAAAAAAGAAAAAAAAAACAACAGAGAGGGAGGCCACCCAAAAAGGCGAAGCAGCAGCUAUCCGCACCACAGCAGCACCAGCAGCAGCAGCAGCAGCAGCAAGAUGCUGCUCUGCUGCUGCAGGAGCCGCCGCCGCCGCCGCAGCAGCAGCAGCAGCAAGAUGCUACAGUGCUGCUGCAGGAUGCACAGGAGAAGCAGCAGCAAGAUGCUGCACUGCUGCUGCUGUUGCUGCUGCAGAAGACACUUCAGCUGCAGCAGCACACACAACUGCAGCAACUGCAGCAGCAGCAGCAGCAGGAAGAUGCUGCUUUGCUGCUGCGGAUGCCGCAGCAACUGCUGCAGCAAACGUUGCUGCUGCUGCAGGAGCAGCAGCAGCAGGUCAUGCAGGCGUUGGUUGUAUCUGUGCUUGUAUAUAUUCUAAACAGUGUUGAACAGGUCAUGCAGGCGUUGGUUGUAUCUGUGCUUGUAUAUAUUCUAAACAGUGUUGAAUGUUUUCUUUAUUUUGUGUAA